UUUUGGAUAAUCGUUUGAAUUUGCUUUUACAUUGUAAAAAUUCUCUUCAUUUUCAUCAGUCUUUUAAUUUUUUGAUAUAGCGAUACCAAUUUAUUCAUGACUUUGUUAUUCUAAAUAAUCCUCAGGCUAAUUAUAUUCUUGAUAAGUAUUAAGGUUAUACAGUAAAAACUUAUGAUGUCUGAAGAUAGACGAAGUAAGCAACCCAUUGAGCUGGCUUCUUUGGAACCAGGAGUGAGGGUGAAACAACUGGCAAACUACGGUACUAUGGUCGAAGUAGAUACUAACGUACCGCCGCGAAGAUACUUCCGUUCCGGUUUGGAGAUGGUCAGAAUGGCUAAUGUUUACCUCGCUGAAGGAAGUCUAGAGAAUGCAUACAUCUUGUAUAUGAAAUUCAUGACAUUAUUCCUGGAGAAGAUCCGUAAACACCCAGAGUAUGCUGCUGUGCCCGCACAAAUAAAAGCAGAUAAUCAAGCUAUGUUGAAGGAGGUUAUCUCCAAAGCAGAGAAAUUGAAACAGAAACUACUUGAUCUUUAUACCACUGAACAUGUGGAGUAUGUGCAAAAUGAGGGAAAGAGGCGGAAAGCUGAAGAAGAGAGAAAGAAGCAGGAGCGUGAUGACGCCAAACUGGCUGAGCGACUGCAAGCUGAUGAGAACAGGAGAGAUGGCCACUCUACUACACCACAUCUCAUGCACACGGAUCAAUGGGCGGUGUCGCCGUCGGCGCCGCCGGUGGACGGCGUGCUGUACCCCGACGACUUCGCGAGCUCGCCGCCGCGCGCGCCCGCGCACCACUACCAGCCCGCGCCGCCGCUCAUACCGCCCUCCAGGCCGCAUCAUGAGAGUGGAAUAACGUCAGUAUUGCCGCCUCUUUCGGCGUCGCAGCGCGUGCGCACGGUGGUGGUCCCCGCGGGUCUGUUGCAGCGCUUCCUGGCGCUUGCGGCGGCGAAUACGGCGCGCAAUAUCGAGACUUGCGGCAUUUUAGCUGGGCUUCUGGAGCGUGACCAACUAAAGAUAACCCAUGUCGUGGUCCCCAAGCAGACAGGCACGUCAGACUCGUGCAGCACCAAUAACGAGGAGGAGAUAUUCCACUAUCAGGACCAGCAUAACCUUAUCACACUGGGUUGGAUUCAUACACACCCAACACAAACAGCUUUUCUUUCAUCGGUGGAUCUCCACACUCAGUGUUCCUACCAGCUCAUGAUGCCUGAAGCCAUCGCCAUAGUAUGCGCACCUAAAUAUAAUGAGACUGGUUACUUCGCUCUGACCCCGGACUAUGGAAUGAACUACAUCGCGAACUGUCGGCAGACCGGAUUCCAUCCGCACCCCAAAGAUCCGCCAUUGUUUUAUGAUGUGAAACAUAUACGGUUGGACAAUUCAGCCCCGGUCGAAAUGGUGGAUUUACGGAGGUGAACCCAAUAAAUCUGAUAAGUAUGAUACUCACAAUUAACAAAGAUAUAUUACUUUUUUUAAUCUAUCGACUUGGUUCAUGUAACUGUCUUCUUAAUUUAGGCGUAUGUUCAAUAUAUUGACGAAUAUAUCUUGAAAAAUAUUUUCUGGUAUAAGAGUAUGAUUGGGAAAAUCAUGAUUAAAAAUAUUCACUCUGUGAUUUCAAGUUUUGUAUCUAAAUGCCUACUCUGUGUUAAAAAUACUUGUAUAGGUUUAUUUGUUCGUUGUUCACCGACAUUCAAAUUUAGGCAUGUGUAUAAAUAACCUAAGAUUUAAUUUUAUCCUGUAAAGAAUUAGGUCUUAGAUUAAUUUUACCGUUACAAUGACGUCAAUGUAUGUUAAUUAAGGUACAGUCAGGGCCGAUUAAGCGGAGCCGCGUUUAACAUUGGUAAAUAGGACAGUUACACAUUAUGUCCCCGACUGUACCAAAAUUUACAUGAAAUAUGUUAAAGAUUAACCAUUAACCAAAUAUAGGCAUUUAUAAUGAAGUUAAAUUUACAUUGAAACUUUAGAUUAGUAUAGAAAAGAUACUGUCUAGAACUUGAAGAUUCUCGCUACAAAUGGUUGUUUACUUUUUAUAGAAUGCUCUGAGAAUAUUGUAGAUUGUUUCCUAUACCGUACGUAUAGUAGCGACCUGCUGCAGACUGUUGACUGUCAUUUGAGAUAGAUGAUUAUUUAUUUUGUGAGUAGUUAGAUACUACAAAAUAUCAAAUGUGUUAAUACUAGAUCUUAAAAAGUAGAAUGACUAACGAGUUACUAAAUCCUUGUUAUAUUUUGCAUUGUUAUUUAAAUGUGUAACAAUAUCUAUGCAUCGUAACUAAAGAAAAAUUCUGGCAGUUGGCAAUUUACGAUCUCGAAUCGAUUGUCAUAUUAUGUUACGUUACGUCGUGAUAUUUUUUUUUCCAAAUUUUAGAACACCCGAGGCUUUUAAUUAGAUUUAGAUAGUGUAAAUUUGUAGUUAAUUUUCUUGCGUACUAAAUUCAAUUUUUUGUUAAUUAAUAUUUACCGUUGUCACAUCACGCUAUAUGCUUUUACGAAUAACCUUAGAAAUAAAACUUAAUUAUUAUUUGGUGUUCAGUGAAUGUUGGUUUAGGAGGGCAGACGGGAGUUGCUAAGUGUAAUUAACCUGGACCCUAGGUCUUUCCCAAGGAGCUACCAGGAAGCCAAAAGCCAGGAGUAAAAAGGGAUUUCAAAUUAUCGAUAAUUAAAGUAGUCGAUGUAUUGAAGGAUUAACAAUCAUAUGUAUGUGAUAAUAUAUAAGAGGCACAGCCGAAGACUGAAGCUUAGAGUUAAUAUAAUUAUUAUUAAAAAAAGAUAUUGAAUCGGUGUUAUUUCACGUUUGACGUCUCGAAUAGUCGUGUGGUAAUGGAUUAUUUAUUUUGUACUGCACUCGCUCUGCUAGGCUAUGCGUUAGAAAUACUUCCAAUUGUAUGGUGUAUUUAAUGUUUGUCUGAUUAAAAAAAUGGCUGGCGACAGACAUCAAAUGUUUUCUAUUUGGAAGAUUCAAGUUGACAUACACAUAAGUACUUAUUUUUUGUUUUGACACGGCAUUUAUUUGAAUAUCAGGCAGGUAAACAAAUUUAAAUUGAGUAACGAAUGACUUUGCCAGCGUGUUUGUGUACAAAUUGUUCAGAAUAGAUCUUUAUGAAAAAGAAAUGUUCAAAGUCGCCAUUUAUCUAAUGUGCCUAGUAUUUGUUAUUGUUUUUUUAUUUUAUUAUAUUGUGCAAUUUUAUUACACAUUUGUAGAUAUUACAGUAUUAUUUAUAUCGAUGUUGGAUGUUGGCGUGAGCAUUGUUCGCUUUCCUACACUUUUUGUCAAUUUAUAAUAUCUAUGUGUGCAAUACUGUGUAGUGUAACAGGGACUUAUGUGUACGUGUGAUUAAUAAUAUGGACCAAUGUGAAUAAAGUCUAUUACAUUUAAGAACAUAUUUUAUUUAUAAUUUUAUAAUAUUUUCUCACCUUUCAAUAAAAGGUUCCUGUUUCAAAUGCAAAAAAACUACGCAAUUAUCG